AUGAAAUUAACUAAAGUCAAACUGAGUUCUGCGGAAACUUCAAACCCUCCUGGCUGGGAUGACUAUGCGGAGAGUCAGAAUUUUCCUCCCAUUUACACUUCGGAAGACGAGCAUGAAAUGACACCACGGCAACCCAUACAGAGAAAAGACCUGAUCCCAAUUGACCCUGAUCCCCUUGAGGUAGACAUGCUUCAGACGAUUUCCGAAGCUGCGGACAUAGCUGCAAAGAAGCCUAAGAUGUCAGCUGCAGCCAGCUUAGUGUCUUAUGCGUUGGACGAAGAUGAAGAUGAUGAGGACCAAUCGGUGCUUACAGGGGAGGAAGAGGAAAAUUCCUCGCAUUUUGCGGAUUUUAUAAAGCCCUUGGAUAAGCCUGACCUUGUUCAUUACAGCGUUAAUGCAGAGAAUGAUACAAGUUCUUCGCAUUUGGAAUUAGAAGACCGUGAUAUAGCUGAUACUGAAAAUCAAUCCACUCUGCUCAUGGGCUCCACGCAUCAGACUAUUCAACAGCCCAUUCACGUACCAUCCCAAGAACAACUACGUAUGCCGCAGAUCUCCGACACCCAACCGAAAGAUCCCUCUCCGACAAGCCAACCAGUUUUUGAACCCUCCUACGAUCGCAGCAAAAUCAAACAACUACUAGAGGAAGUGGAGCUACCACCAGAACCUUCUGGACACUGUCCAAUGAAACUCCAGGAGAGAGUGGAUCGUGAAGUGCACCGAAUGCGACUUGAAAUUGACUACGAUCCCAACAGAGCCAUACAGGAUAACAAGGCUUUUCGUAAUCCCAGGUUUGUUAUUUGUGUUCAUUUCUUGAUUAUAUUUCCUCUUUGCAGUAUCUACGAGAAGCUAAUAGCCUUUUUGAACAUAGACGAGAAGGGUACAAAUUUUCCCCCGGAAGUAUAUAAUCCAUACCGAUGGGCUCCCCAAUCCUACUACGACGAGCUGGCCCGUGUGCAAAACCGAGAAAUUGAUAGAUUGGUGAAGCUGCAAAAAGAACAAAAGAAAGCAGACCAGACGUCAAAUGAUACUGGUAUUAAAGUUGGAGGAGGUGCUCUAUCAGGUGGGCUGACUAAAACCGCUUCACAACCCGUCCUUAACACAUCUUCGGGUGGUUCAGUUGCCACCGGAUAUACAGAACCAAAGAAACGUAGCAAAUGGGAUACCGGUAUUCCAGAAACCUCUUCGUUGCCUAUGGAGGAGGCGCCUAUGAAGAACAAUACUGCCACUGUGCCUCAUGCGGUGGAUGCUUUAGCGAAACAAAGCUGAAUCCUCCCUUUUGCACUACCCUUGUAAAUACUCACCCUUGUUUUUACACGAAUAUGGAAAAUACAGGCUAUUUUAUUUGCUUUUCCGUGAAAUCACAGAAUUUGUAUCACAGUCAGUGGUGGUGGUGGUGGUCGUCGUGUUUGUGACGCUCCAUACCAGGAGAUAUAAGAUUGUGGCUGAAAUUGUUCGCUUGAUAUGGUCCCAGGCUGUGUUGCAUAGACGGCUUCCUAGGCCCAUUCACAUUGGAAGCUUUAUUUUCAAGGUGCACAUCUUUCUGCAAUAAGUUUCGAGAUGGUAUGUUAGGCACUGGGAUUCCAGCAGUUCCAGGUAGCCAACUCAGCGCUGUCGAUUUUCGUGUCCAAUCGUCCUUGUAUACCUGGGGGAAGAACGUGCGAAGAUGAUCGAACAACCUCAGAGCAAAUAAAAUACACCAAAACCAUAGUGAAAAAACGCCAAACCAACUGAAACGUAGUGUUACAAACUGGGAGCGAAACAUUGUGCUAUUAAAUUGAGAUAGCCG